GGCUAGUAUCUUUGGCAAUGGUGAGGACAUCAUUGACGAGCGUAUAAGCAAAACGCUCCUUUAUGAGAAUCUCUACAGAGAAUCAUUACGAGAAACUUUUCUGUUCAUAAUUCGAGAUGAUCUGGUUGUGCUGGCCCUAGCGGGUGGGCUAAUACCAGUCACUGAGAUACGACUGGCGGACAAGCUAGCACAUCUGAAACUUGACGUCAUAACCAUCUAUGAUGUUCUGUAUUCUCAAAGGGAUGGUCUCACCAUAGCCGUUACCGAUUAUGGGCCACGUCCAAAACUCAGCGAAUUGGACCGUGAUACAACAAGUAAACGUAGCUCUGCACGUUUAUCUGGAGAGAUCGCUGAUCCACUGAGAUGUGAAAGUUCUCUGUCUGUGGAAAAAAAAUUCGGAGUCCCAGCUUUCGUUCCGGAUUCGAUCAGCUGUCCGCAUACCCAUCUCGUCAACAUUGGAUUUCUCAAAAUGUACCAUUGUUUGCUGCACUUCACUUACUCUGUAGAAAUGUCGAAGAAAGAUUGGGAUUCAGAAAGCAAGAUCUUUGCGAAUCGGCUAAAUAGCAGCGCGCGCGACUUGCGACUUGGCGAUUCGUUGCUGAAUUGUAUGCUGGGUGGCUCACCAGGACCAUUGGCAGACAGGUAG